UCAAGAAGAGGACCACGGAGAGACCCCGACAGACUUUUUAUGCGACUCAGCUCAAAAAAAUAAAAAAAAACUCCCGGCGAACAGCCGCUACGGAAGAAUCCUUCCCGUCCUGGAUUUGGAAUCCUCGCUACCGUGAUCUGAGAUGGAGAUUUCAUCGGAACCGACCACAUCCACCUGCAGCCACUGUGAGAGAGAUAUUCUAACUCCAAACAUGGAACUUCACUAUGCGCAUUGUUCUCGCAAUCUUCAAAAGUGUGAGAUUUGUGGAGAUAUGGUUCCAAAAAAGCAUGCCAAUGAACAUUACUAUGAAACUCAUGCUCCGGUAGUUUGCUCAUUAUGCAGUGAGACAGUGGAGCGUGAAGUCUGGUCUCUUCAUAAAGGUGAACAAUGCCCCCAGAGGAUUGUUACAUGUGAAUAUUGUGAGUUCCCGUUGCCUGCAGUUGAUCUCUCAAAACAUCAGGAAAUUUGUGGAAAUCGGACAGAAUAUUGUCAUAUAUGUAACAAGUAUAUUAGACUCCGUGAACAAAUUGACCAUGAAAUCCAGUUUCAUGGCAAUUCGAAUGGAACUGCAGAAUCUUCCAGGGAUAGGAGAACAUCUGAGAGAGAAGAAGGUGCUCGGAGAAGGCAGGCCCGUGAUUCAUCACAAAGGCGUAUUCUGUUUACUAUUGCAGUAACAGGCAUUGCAGUUCUAAUUGGAUCAAUUUUCUUCCAAAGAAGAGCAGAUCGUCAUGAACAGCAGUAACCUUUCGAGUAUACUCCUUACUGCUAAGAAAUAUUCUUAAUUAAUGGAUGAUUAAAUGCACUUGAAACAGUAUGCUUCAGUCUCAUUUUUCAUUUGUAUACAGAUAUGUUAGAGAUUUGUAUGACAGUCUUCCCUGUGAUUCUCAUGACGCAAGAUCCCACCAGUUGUAACUUCAGUAUUUUCAAGGCUGCUGGUGAAACUUUUUUAGCCCUUUCCCUUUUUGUGUUCUUUUUUCUUCCCCUAUUAUUUCACUACAUUUGACCUUGCUUCUCUCUGUGCUUGGGUACUAGCCAUCUUAUAUCUCGGAUGUGCUGCAUAAGGCUUAUAUGAAUAUUUUAUGGUGAUCUUUUUUCUUUCAA